AUGGCAAUCACUAUCCGCGACAACUCGACCGGUAGUUCUCACCGGGGAUUCUUCAAUACCCUCCGCGAUCACGAGCUCGAGGCGCGAUCCGAAAACGUAAUGCUGCCUUCGGCUGUGCCGAAAGUGAGCAUGUGGCACCGAUUGGGUUUGGGACGAUGGCUUCACAAGGACGAGCACACCUCCGGAUCGAGUUCCCCCACCAACACCACCAACGACCAUCGUGAAAAUCUAUCGCGACGUCUGUCUCGAAAAGUCGGUGCUGUCGGUUUACCUCGACCUGCUACAUUUCGUCGACAAGUUUCCGAGCGACGAGACCGGUUGGCACCCGUCGAGCCAGAGCAUCGCCGGACGCAAUCCGCGGACCGUCGUCUACCAUUGAGUGUUCCGCGAUCGCAGUCACCGACACCGGUGAAUAUCGCCCGACUUUCGGCGCCUGAGGUGGGAUCUUGGAGCGAACAACUUGCAGGUUUGGGCCUUCGAGAUGACGAUUCAACCCACGAGUAUUUACAAGACACGGCGACUUUGGACCAUGUGGAUUCAGCACCGUAUAACCGCUACGACAACGCAAGCAUACAACCGGAGACCGUGGACGACGAAUUAGAGCAGGAAUUAGAGAGGAAAUGGAUUCUGAAUCUGAGCAUGCACUUCCGAGACAAGUCCGAACGGGAAAAGUUCUUCGUGACAUACGCAGAGAAACCGAAUAAAUGGCGAAGAGUGACAGUGUCGUGCGAUUACCGAGACGCUCCACCGGAUUCUUUGGAGCAGGAUUUGAAGGAGUUACAUUACCAGCGCGACAAAAGCGCUCGUAUUUACGAAUCGAUACGAGAGUCGCUCCCCGAAAUACAAUUCUACGACACGGUCACCAACCUCAAACUCGAAACAAGUGAUGGCCGGUUGCAUGUACAUGUGACAGAAGAUGUCAAUGAAACAAUUCCUUAUCCGCCCGUGUCGAGCGUUCGCCAUCUUGGAAAUCGUCUUAUUCCAGAACAAGAUCUCAUGUUUGAGUCUCAUCUAUCUGGGUUUGUUUACAAGGUUCAAUUAGACGGCAAAGCUUACAUCAAGAAGGAGAUCCCUGGCCCAGAUACUGUUGAUGAGUUUCUCUACGAGAUCAACGCGCUUCAUGCGUUACAUGGUUCACAAAGUGUUAUACAGUUCGAAGGGAUUAUUGUCGAUGAUCAUCUCGAACGCGUCAAGGGUUUACUAAUCAGCUAUGCAGAACAAGGUGCACUGGUGGAUGUACUAUAUGAUUUCCGUGGUCAGUUGUCGUUGGCCCGCAGGGAACGAUGGGCCAGACAAAUCGUACAGGGCUUGUGUGAAAUACACGAGGCUGGCUAUGUUCAAGGCGAUUUCACAUUAUCGAAUAUUGUCAUCGACGGAAAUGACAAUGCCAAAAUCAUCGACAUCAACCGCAGAGGAUGCCCCGUCGGAUGGGAGCCACCCGAAAUUGCCGCCAAAAUAGAGAGCAAUCAGAGGAUAUCCAUGUACAUUGGCGUCAAGUCAGACCUUUUUCAACUGGGAAUGACAUUAUGGGCCCUCGCAAUGCAAGAAGACGAGCCAGAGCGUCAACCACGUCCGCUAUUCAUACCGAUCGACAUGAAAGUUCCUGAUUAUUAUAGAAGGGUCAUUGCUCAUUGUCUCAGUGACCGCCCUCGAGAUCGACUGUCCGCAAAGGAGUUACUAGCCAUGUUUCCGCCUGACAUUAAGGACCAUCACCAUCCCAUCAAUGCUGUUGUACCACCCCCAUGGAGUGCUUACCCCCAUCCCACUGGCGGUCCUCCAUUUUAUGAUUCGCUCCAUAUCGAUGCUCCUCAGCCAAUUUGCCUUGAUGAACACCAUGAUCAGGCUGCUGAGCGUCCGAGUGUGGUAUAUGUAACGCCAGCUGAAUAUGAAUCAGAGGUCGAAUUUCCUGAAAUCGAUUUUCCGCCCCGAGGUCGUCGUCCAUCGACACACGGCCUUCCACCUAGCGACUAUCAACCUUCGACAUACAUGCCUUCUAGUGUCUCUCGUGAUCCAGAAGGACGUCGUUCCAUUUCACAGAGCGAUUUUGAAGUUCAUAGCAGGCCGUCCCCAGCUAUGCGGGUUGAACCACGGUUUGAGGAGGUCGAGGUCAAUGGCACGCAGUACUUGGUCAAUCCGACCAUGUUCUCUGCAGAAGAUUUUGAGGCUCUCAGAGAUAACACACACGAACCACACGACUCGCAGGAGUUGGAAAGUGGCAGAAACUCUGACAUAAGCCGUGCUGUCGUUCCCUCGUCGGUUGACGAUGGUAAAGAUGUGGAGGCUGAUCGAGAUGCGAACGAAUCAAAUGAUUUUAAGGCUGGCAAUCAUCAAAAUGCCGGGAUUCUCGGUGACUUGGCUGGUGUGGGCAGUCACCCGUCAGUCUCGCUGGAACAUCGGACUGAAGCCGCGCCGUUCACUACCAGUAUGGGCAAGCAGCCUAUCGCAUUUUCUUCCGCUAUUGCUAGACCAGCUACUGUCGCCUCACAAAUUGUUCAAUCCCAGACGCCAAACGAUGUUCCAGAGCUCAAAGAGGAAGCUGGAGUCUCGCAAGGCUCAAGAGACAGCAGCCUCUCGCCCAACGACAUCACGACCAAUACCAUCAAGACGGAACUCGCUCUUUGGUUCUCUUUUGCCGAUCAAUCCGGCUCUUGCACAGAAUGCGCCAUCCCGACCAAUCUCAAGGAGGAACUCAUUGUUUGGUUCAAAACUACCAAUUAA